CACAGGCACCCAGACUCAUCCCACCCCCGACUUUGGGGGUUCAGGAGAUAGCCAUGAUGCUCAACUGGAAGCUACUGGGGAUCCUGGUCCUUUGCCUGUAUGCCGGAGGCAUCUCGGGCAGCGGAGACCACCCCUCUCCCCCACACACAGAGGCCCGAGAGGAGGAGGGCUCCCCACCAUUGCCUCGGGGCCCCCCAAUCCCUGGUGACCCCUGGCCAGGGGUACCCCCUGUCUUUGAGGACCCUCCACCUCCAGGCCCUAAUCGUCCCUGGAGAGACCUGCCUGCAUCUGGAGUCUGGCCUCCUGAGCCCCCCACAACCGAUCCCCCUCAACCUCCCCGGCCUGACGACCCCUGGCCGGCAGGACCCCAGCCUCCAGAAAACCCCUGGCCGCCUGCCCCUGAGGUGGACCACAGAUCUCAGGAGGAGCCAGACCUUGACCCACCCCGGGAAGAGUACAGAUAACGCGAUCCCCCAGAGGCGUCCUGGGCCUCCAGACAGAGUGCCCUCUUCUCUUCUCCCCAGUUUAGCCUAACUCCUUAUUCCCUUCCUCAUUCCUUCAGUUUUAUUCUGAACCCUGAAGGUGUCAUUCCCAAUGUUUUCUGAGAUCCGUACUCCCUAUGGAUCCAUAUGGAUCCCUCGAGAUCCACAUUCAGCCCCUACAUUUCCCCUCCUUUUCGCUCUGACAGCCGAAGCACACACCCCUACCUCGUGUUCUCUGCUGCCACCUGGUGGUCUGCAGUGGGAACUAUCAGGAGACAGUGAUGGUGGGUCCAAGAAAUGGAAAAAUAAAAACCACGUUUUCUUAA